UCGACUCACCUAUCGAUCCAUUCCCAGUCUCUAUCUUUUGCGCUAACUCACCAUGAGCGAUCUCGAUAGGGCGAUCGCCCAACUACGCGCCUGUCGCUUGAUACCCGAAACCCAGGUCCGUGAACUCUGCUACAAGGCGCGAGAGCUCCUCAUAGAAGAAGGAAAUGUUGUUUGUGUAGAUGCGCCAGUCACGAUUUGUGGCGAUAUUCAUGGCCAGUUUCAUGAUUUGAUGGAGCUCUUCAGAGUCGGAGGAGAUGUCCCCGACACCAACUAUCUCUUCAUGGGCGACUUUGUCGAUCGCGGAUUCUAUUCCCUUGAGUCUUUCCUCCUCCUUCUCUGCCUCAAAGUGCGCUAUCCAGACCGUAUCACCCUCAUUCGUGGAAAUCACGAGUCGCGCCAAAUUACAACAGUCUAUGGCUUCUAUGACGAGUGUAUUCGGAAAUAUGGCAGCGCCAACGUAUGGCGUUAUUGCUGUGAAGUCUUCGAUUAUUUGGCGCUAGGCGCCCUUGUUCUUGGAACAAGUUCGGAACUUGAACCGACAGGGCCCAUUAUGAACGAUUCUACUCAGUCCACUAUGCCGAUCGACGACGCAGAGCUGGAGACCGAAGUACUAAAUUCGAAGGGAGAGGUCACAUACAGCUCAUACCGACCAAGACAGGGUGCCUCGUCGGAUGCAUCAACAGAGACUAGAAACAUGGGGGAUAUCCCAAGCCAGGCACCCCUCAGAACAGGUGCGCCCGGCACAGGUGCCUCGGGAGAAGGCGCGGGUAGCUAUUCGAGCAGAACCGGAGCAGUCCUCUGUGUGCACGGCGGCCUCUCCCCUCUCAUCGACACAGUCGACAAGAUCCGUUUAAUCGACAGAAAACAAGAAGUCCCCCAUGAAGGCGCCAUGUGCGACCUGUUAUGGUCGGACCCUGAUGAAAUUGACGGCUGGGGAUUGAGCCCGCGCGGUGCCGGGUUCCUGUUCGGCGGGGACAUCGUGAAGCAGUUUAACUACAGAAACGACCUUUCCCUGAUUGCGCGUGCCCAUCAGCUUGUGAUGGAGGGCUAUAAGGAGAUGUUCGACGGCGGGAUCGUCACUGUCUGGUCAGCCCCCAACUACUGCUAUCGAUGUGGAAACGUGGCAUCCAUUCUGGAACUCGGCGAAGACACAAGCAACGGGGGUACGGUAACUAGGAGUAAUGGUGACUACGGACGGAGCAACGGCAUCAUGACGACCGACAAGCCAGGCGUGAGGAGUCCCGGAAGAAGGUACAGGGUUUUUGAAGCCGCUGCGCAGGAUACAAGGGGCAUGCCCGCCAAAAAGCCUGUUGCAGAUUAUUUCCUGGUAUGUCCCCCUUUUCUCCCCAAGACAUCGUGCCAAACCGUAGACUUGCUCGUUCGCGCAUUCUAA